GAGGCAAGAGAGAGGAGGAGGGAGGGGAGCAUAAAAUCUAAGUAUAUAUUUCUAUUAAAUCUGCACACAAUCUGAUCCAGCGAUGCAAUAAUUACUAGGGUAUCAAACAGCUUAAAAAGGGUCUUGGAGAUCUCCGAUUCCUCAGCACUAGUUUGCCUGCAGAAAGUUUUUGUUUUUCUAGUCAGAGAAAGCUCUGGGAUUUGCAAAGCAAAGCUGAGACAUACAGUACCUCAAUUCUCUUGCAUACAGCUCACAUCAUCUCUCUCUCUCUAUCUCUCCCUUUUUCUCACACACAAAUUAAGAAGAAAGAAGAGAAGAGAAUAUCAUGGAUAGCGGUUAUUUUGGAGAGCCUAACUUUGGAAAUAAUGAAAGAGGUGGCUCUUCGAGGAAAGGCAAGAAGAGCAAUUCAGACAAGCCUAAGCAACCGCAGAGAGGCCUUGGUGUUGCUCAAUUGGAAAAGAUCAGAUUACAUGGCCAAAUGGGUUGUAAUUACCAUCCCUCCCUUCACAGUACUCCUUACCCUACAACUUUCAACCAGCAGGAGGAUAUAGGAGUGCAAACAGGAUAUUCAUCAGCACCAUCAUCCUCUUUUUCUUACUCUUCAUCAGCAGCAGCAACCUCGGCUUCCUAUGGCUACCCCCACACCAUGAUGGGGAUCGGUGAUUAUGAUGGAACGAAUAUCAGAUAUGGCGAUUCUCAACCCUCAAGCACUGCAGCAAGUUGGAAUUCCGGACAUGGAUUCCGUGAGGCUCAACAUUUUGCACAACCAAAUUCAACUAGACACCUUUUGCCUCUACAAGCUGAGGACACACCGCCAAAAAAGAGCAAGAAAAACCGAAGUAGCUCAAUGGGCUCCAGCAGUCAAAAUUCUGAAGCAAGUGACACUCAAGAGCUAGAUUUGGAGCUCAGAUUGUCUAUUUAAUCAUCAUUCUUCUGCCAAUUAAAAUCGAGGAUUCUUUUUAUGCUCUUAAUUAUUGAUUGGAAGUUAUAAUGAUGAUUGGCUUGGCUUUGGAAAACUGCACCACAAGGUAGGAAAUGUUGAUAUGAAAGAGCCUGAACUUUCAUUUGAAAGGGAUCUUAAUUAUGUAAUUAAAGAUCAUGGAUUCACUUUCUGCAUAAGAAAAUGAAAUUUUCUUCUUGUUCAUGAAAUGUCAAAGAAACGAGAAAAUUAUAGUAAUCAUCCAGAAUUCUUGCUUU